CAGAUCGAGGCUGCCUCCCCCUCUCAGCCGGCAGCACAUUCCGCCGCCGUUGCCGCCGCCCGGCCCCACAGUUGUCUUUGCCGGAGCUGCAGUCGCGCUGGGGUUAGCGCGGGGGGGCGGGCGGGGAGAGGAGAAGGCCGCGGCGGAGGCAGGUGAGAGGAGGAAGGAAGCGGCGGCGCGGCGGGCACAGCAGCUCAGGCGGCGGCCCGGUUCCUGGGAGUGUCGGUGCGGCGCGGUGGUUGGGGCGGAUCCCGCGGGGCCCGGGCGGGGGAAGGAGUCACCGGCCCGGCCAUGGCGGACAACGAGAAACUGGACAACCAACGGCUCAAGAAUUUCAAGAACAAAGGCCGCGACUUGGAGACUAUGAGAAGACAACGAAAUGAAGUUGUAGUUGAAUUAAGGAAGAAUAAAAGAGAUGAACAUCUCUUAAAGAGAAGGAAUGUACCACAUGAAGAUAUCUGUGAAGACUCUGAUAUAGAUGGUGAUUAUAGAGUGCAAAAUACCUCUCUAGAAGCUAUUGUUCAAAAUGCUUCAAGUGAUAACCAAGGAAUUCAGUUAAGUGCAGUUCAAGCUGCUAGGAAGCUUUUGUCCAGUGAUCGAAAUCCACCAAUUGAUGACUUAAUAAAAUCCGGAAUAUUGCCCAUUUUAGUCCAUUGUCUUGAAAGAGAUGACAAUCCUUCUUUACAGUUUGAAGCUGCAUGGGCUUUGACAAACAUUGCAUCUGGAACUUCUGAACAAACUCAAGCAGUAGUUCAGUCCAAUGCUGUGCCACUUUUCCUGAGGCUUCUCCAUUCGCCCCAUCAGAAUGUCUGUGAGCAAGCAGUGUGGGCAUUGGGAAAUAUCAUAGGUGAUGGGCCCCAGUGUAGAGAUUAUGUCAUAAGUCUUGGAGUUGUGAAACCAUUACUUUCCUUCAUAAGUCCAUCUAUUCCUAUAACAUUCUUAAGAAAUGUUACUUGGGUUAUGGUCAACUUAUGUCGCCACAAAGACCCACCACCACCAAUGGAAACCAUUCAGGAGAUUCUUCCAGCCCUUUGUGUUUUAAUUCAUCACACAGACGUAAAUAUAUUGGUAGACACAGUCUGGGCCCUCUCUUACCUUACUGAUGCUGGCAAUGAACAAAUACAGAUGGUAAUAGACUCUGGAAUAGUUCCUCAUUUGGUUCCUCUGCUCAGCCACCAGGAAGUUAAAGUUCAGACUGCUGCACUUAGAGCUGUGGGCAACAUUGUUACUGGAACUGAUGAGCAAACACAAGUAGUUUUGAACUGUGAUGCUCUUUCACACUUCCCAGCACUCCUGACACAUCCCAAAGAGAAAAUUAAUAAAGAAGCAGUGUGGUUCCUCUCCAACAUCACUGCAGGAAAUCAGCAGCAGGUACAGGCAGUAAUUGAUGCCAAUCUUGUACCAAUGAUAAUACACCUUUUGGAUAAGGGGGAUUUUGGCACUCAAAAAGAAGCUGCUUGGGCCAUAAGUAACUUAACAAUUAGUGGAAGGAAAGAUCAAGUGGCUUACCUUAUCCAACAAAAUGUUAUCCCACCUUUUUGCAACUUGCUGACUGUAAAAGAUGCACAAGUUGUGCAAGUAGUACUCGAUGGACUAAGUAAUAUAUUAAAAAUGGCUGAAGAUGAGGCAGAAACCAUAGGCAAUCUUAUAGAAGAAUGUGGAGGGCUGGAGAAAAUUGAACAACUUCAAAAUCAUGAAAAUGAAGACAUCUACAAAUUGGCCUAUGAGAUCAUUGAUCAGUUCUUCUCUUCAGAUGAUAUUGAUGAAGACCCUAGCCUUGUUCCAGAGGCAAUUCAAGGCGGAACAUUUGGUUUCAAUUCAUCUGCCAAUGUACCAACAGAAGGGUUCCAGUUUUAGAAAGAUGUUGUGGAAGUUAGGUACAAUGCAGCACUGAGAUAUAUAUAUAUAUAUAUAUAUAUAUAUACAUAUAUAUAAAAAGGUUUGAUCCAUCAAGCUUGGCUCAUGGGAUCUGCUGCUGCAUUAAAUCGGGAAAGCAAAUGUGAAGAUUUCAUUUGGAAUCACAGAAAAUGCCCAAAUGAGGUCAAGAUGGCGAGUGGGUGCGAGUGAGAAUGAGUGGCAAAAUGUAAUGAAAACUUUACAUGAAUGCUUAUUUAGGUUGUUCAAAGUAAAAAGGGCUACAGGUCACAGAUCGUCAGUGCCUGAGAAAGAACAUUGACUUACUCUAUAUCAAUUGAGGGGAAAGUGCAGUACUGUCAUCUUCAAGCCUUGUAAGCAUAAAAGAGAAUAGGCUGCCCAUAUAAGUCAAAGGAAAAUGAGCCCAGGCCUUGCUAUGAAGCAGUGUGUGAAUGGACAAUGUUGAAUGAAUGUCUGGCUCAGUAAUGGAGAGCCAGGUUCAUCUUUGAAAUCUAGGGCUCUUCACUCAUGAAGCAGACUCCUAGUCCUGGAGUGACUGUGUACGAGAGUGUGGUUGUGGUGCUGUAUGUGAACGCAUGCAAGCUUGAUUCACCUUCAGGGGGCUGAUAACAAACCUAGUAAAUCAUCAAAAUGAGAUCAUAAGUGUUAAUGUACACUGGACAUGAAAACAAAGACUGGUUUAGCAGCAGACAUUGGUUUACUCUGCAGCCUGUGUUUUCUAUUUCCCCCUUUCCCACCUCCUUCCCCCCACCCCACUCUUUUUUUUUUUUCUUUUUUGCCUUUCUUUCCUUUUCCUUUUUUUUUUUUUUUUUUUUUUUUUAGUUUUUAUUUACUUUACCUAGUAUGCCUUUUUUUCAGUUGCUUCUCAAGUCAGAAAACUUUUCAGGAAGGUUUCCCUGUGCAUUUGCACCAGAUGAAUGUUUGAUGCUAUGAAAAGCUUUCCAUAUCAUCAAAACUAAUUUGUGUAGAUUUUUGCAUGAAAAAAAUCAUAAAUUUCCCUCAAAAUAGACUGUGUUGCAGUACACAAGUUGCCAUAAUAGUAUAAAACAGUAAAAUGUGCUUAAAAGGCCAUCCUUUUCAUUUUCAGAGAUAACAUAAAGAUCUUUGCAUGAGGUAAAUCUACAGCAUAGUUCAUUUUUAGAUUUUGUUGAGUCCUGUAAAGAAGAAGAAGAAAAAAGUUUCAGUUGUGGUAGAAUACCGUGCUGUGUUUAAAUGUUACUUGUUUUCAAACUUUGUUUUCUAUGAAAAUGAUAUGGAAACUUCUAAAAUGGAAUUUGGUGCAUAUGUACUGCUGAAUAAAGACCGAUGAAGAGGUUUGAGUAGAUGUACAAAUCAAGUAAUGGUUUGAACACCUUUAAUAAUAUGCCUAAUCUGUUCAAUUGUUUUAGAAUCUUUUUAUCUUAGAUGUAGGCAGCCAUGAACAAUCUAUUUUGAGCCACUUUAGGGAGAAAACUUUGUAUUUUUAAAACUUGCAUAGAAGUUAUGCAAGUGGUUUUUAUAAAUUGGAAUAAUACCUCAGUUUUGAGGUUAUGCACACUAAAUUAAAUGUGACAUAAAUUAAUUUGUACAAAAAGAACUCUUUAUAAGGUGGCUCAUUGUAGGAAAUCCUGUGCCUUCCCCUUUGAGCACAAGUGUUGCAUGAACAACAGUUUGCUAUAAGAAACAUACCAGAUUAGCCACCAUUAGCAUCUAUAUCUACUUUGUGUUUAAAAAUCAACUGGUAAUUCUGAAACACUGUAGAAUGGAUAAAAAUUAUUUUGUGAUCAUAACUCUUUGUUGAACUAGAGUAUUUUUGCAGCAUUCCUUGUCAUCAGAAACAUGGUUAAAGUUUAAAACUAGAAGCAGCAGAAAACUAGCUUGUAAAAUUUAUCCAAGUAGAGUGCAGGCUAGGCUGUCUUGGGGAAAUAAACAUUAAAACUUAAAGCAAUGUUUUA